UUGAAAUUGAUGGCAAUAGAAUAAGAAAAUAAGGAAAUCAGGCAUAACCAAUUCCUUGCUGAAAUUUCCUGUAAAUCUAAAGAGCAGAAAGAUGUUUAAAAUGAGAAUGGAUAACUUUCAACAUGACCAUAGAAUCAAUGGGAUAACUCGAAGGGAGAUUAAAUCUCUUUCACCUAGAAAGGACCUUCUAGAAGAGUUACCUAAAAGAAGGGAUCAGCCAGAUUUUAGAUCAGAAUCAAUCCUGAGGCAAGAUUUUAUUCCAUCAUCCAUCUCUUACCAAAAUCUUGAGAGCUCUCAAACUCUUCAACCAAAUCCCACAGAACUUCCAAAGAAGAAUUCUUGCUUUUUACAAAGCUCUACUUCAAAGAAACAUAUCGCUUUGCCAAAAUAAGUUCAUACAGAAGUUUGAUUGCCUGUCUCCCAAGCCAAGCUUGGACCAACUUCAGAAGAACAAGUUAAAAAUUGUGAGGAAAAAUAAGAGACCAAAGCCUAAGGAUUAUCUACCUGGCUACCAGAGACAUCAAGAAGAAAACAAGAGCCGGAAUCCUCCUCAAAGGCAGAGCUUAGAGGGUGCACCUCUCAAGGCUGGGCUGAGCACACCUCAGAGGGUACAGCAACUAGAUACACCUUGCUUUGGGGAGAAAAGGACGCUUACUUCUCUACAAAAUAACUCUACUGUUGGCAAUCUGAUGCAUUAACUUACUGGGAUUGUAGAGCAAGAAAAAUUUAGACGAUGCUUGCUAAAUUAUAAAUAUCA